AGAGAAAACGAAGGUUUUCUAAGUCUCAGACGCCCAGACCCCAGACCCGAGUCACCCGACACGUUCCCAGUUCCAAAUCCCAUCAAUAAUUUUCAUCGGGCUUCCAUUUGGGUUCUCUUGUGUCGCUUCAGAUUAGGGCGAAGAGCAACGAGAAGUAGCUAGUAGAGGAGAAACAGUUCGUCGAGGUGAACCAAUUCGAGUAUUGAAGGUGCAAUGUUCCGUUUCCAUCUCAUUUAUUUCUAUUUGUCAAAUUCAGAUAGACAAUAAUGAGGAAAGACGUGUUGUAAUUUCUCUUGAAGUUGAAUUUGAUUGUGUACAAUGGAGAUGGACUGGACUGAAUCGAGGCUGGAGCAGUACAAUGACAGUAGGGAUCAAAAGGGCUCUGCUAGUGAGGACUACAAAAAUGGUGAACAGUUUGAUGGUUUUGAAGGAGAUGAUGGGGAGAAACCGAGGGAAUCGAGCAAGCACGGGAGCAAGGACAAGAAGAAGAGUCGGAAAGAAGAGAAGGAUCAUGGAAGUAGAGACCGAGAACGUGCGAAGACCAGCGAUGUUUCAAAGGAGAGGGAUAAAGAAGCUAAAGAUUCAGAAAAAGAUCGGGUUUCAAGUAGGGAGAGGAGAAAGGAGGAUAGGGAGGACCGUGAGAAGGAUAGGCACAAGGAUAAGGUGAAGGAGAGAGAUUAUAACCUUGAUAAGUACAAAGACAAGGACCGUGAAAAGGAUAAAGAUAGGAUAGAUAAAGACCAUGAGAGGGAGAGGGAGAGGGAGAGAGAGAUGGAGAUAGAACAUGAUCGAGGUAGAGAGAAGGAGAGGGGAAAAGAGAAGGACAAGGAAAGGGACAGGGACAGGGAGAGAGAUAAGGAACGGCAUAGGGCAAAGGAUAGGGAUAGAGAUAAACAUAAAGACCGAGAGAGGGAAAGGGAAAAGGAAAAAGAACAUGAUAAACAUGAUAGAGAUAAGGUAAAAGACAAGAAUAGGGAGAAGGAAAGGGAGAAAGAUAGGGAGAAGGACCAAAACAAAGACAGGUCUAAAGAUAAAGAAGGAGACAAAAUGAACGGAAAAAUUCGUGAUGAAGGUCAAGGUAGGGUUAAAGAUGGUGGAAAAGAUGAGAAACUUAAAAUAGAUGGUGUGAAUAGGGAUGUCAUUAUGCAAUGGAAGGAAAUUGAGCAUGAAGAUAUCAGUGGCAUGGUGCAUAAACAAAAGACCGAGGGGGCUUCAGGCCCAUUGACAACAGAGCUUGAGGAGCGGAUAUUGAAAAUGAAAGAAGAAAGAUCGAAAAAAAAGUCUGAAGGUGCUUCAGAGGUUUUAUCCUGGAUUAAUAAGAGCCGUAAGCUGGAGGAGAAACGGUAUACUGAAAAAGAGAAAGCUUUGCAUCUCUCUAAGGUUUUCGAAGAGCAGGACAAUAUCAAUCAAGGGGAAAGUGACGACGAGGAUGCAGUUCGGCACACUGCCAAGGAUCUAGCCGGAGUUAAAGUUCUUCACGGUCUUGAUAAAGUAAUUGAAGGUGGAGCUGUUGUGUUGACUCUUAAAGAUCAAAACAUACUUGCCAAUGAUGAUAUCAAUGAAGAGGCUGACGUUCUAGUAAACAUAGAGAUUGGAGAGCAGAAGCAGAGAGAUGAGGCUUACAAGGCUGCGAAAAAAAAGACUGGGAUAUAUGAAGACAAGUUUAGCAAUGAGGAUGGUUCGCAAAAGAAAUUGCUUCCGCAGUAUGAUGAUCCUGUUGAAGAUGAGGGUGUGACUUUGGAUGAAAGUGGACGCUUUAAUGGUGAAGCAGAGAAGAAGAUAGAAGAGCUCCGUAAAAGGAUACAGGGAGCAUCUGCAAGCAAUCACAUCGAAGAUCUCAAUUCAUCUGGAAAAAUUUCAUCAGAUUACUAUACUCAGGAAGAAAUGAUCCAGUUUAAAAAGCCAAAGAAAAAGAAAUCCCUGAGGAAGAAGGAAAAGCUGGAUUAUGAUGCCCUUGAAGCUGAGGCUAUCUCUGCAGGAUUGGGCAUGGGUGAUCUUGGAUCCAGGAAUAAUGGGAAGAGGCAGACUGCCAAGGAUGAGCAGCAGAGAUCUGAGGCUGAACUGAGGAAUGAUGCAUACCAAUCAGCUUAUGCUAAAGCAGAACAGGCAUCUAAAGCACUCCGACAGGAGCAGACUCUAACGGUUAAAGUUGAAGAAGAUGAAAAUCCUGUUUUUGGUGAUGAUGGUGAGGAUCUCUAUAAAUCUUUAGAAAAAGCAAGAAAGUCGGCUCUUAAGAAACAGAAUGAGAUAGUGGCAUCUGGUCCUCAAGCAGUUGCAUUUCUAGCUAGUGCUGCAAACAAUCAAUCCAGUGAUGAUCAAAUCUCUGCAUCUGGAGAACCACAAGAAAACAAGGUUGUAUUCACAGAGAUGGAAGAGUUUGUAUGGGGUCUCCAACUUGAUGAAGAAGACCAUAAGCCUGAUGAUCGAGAUGUUUUCAUGGAUGAAGAUGAAGUUCCAAAAUCCUCUGCUCAGGAAAGAAAAGAUGAAGCUGGUGGUUGGAUGGAGGUCAAAGAUACUGGUGAAGAUGAACAUCCCAUCGAUGAAGAAAAAGAAGAUAUAGUCCCAGAUGAGACCAUUCAUGAAGCUCCGGUUGGUAAAGGGUUAUCAGGAGCACUGAAGCUACUUAAGGAACGAGGAACACUAAAGGAGAGUAUAGUAUUGGGUGGCAGAAACAUGGACAAGAAAAAGAGCAAACUUGUUGGCAUCUAUGAUAAUGAUGGAACUAAGGAAAUACGUAUUGAGAGGACAGAUGAAUUUGGUCGGAUUAUGACCCCUAAGGAGGCCUUUCGGUUGAUUUCUCAUAAAUUUCAUGGGAAGGGACCUGGCAAAUCAAAGCAAGAAAAGCGCAUGAAGCAAUACUAUGAAGAGUUGAAGUUAAAGCAGAUGAAGAAUUCUGACACACCAUCACUGUCAGUGGAGAGAAUGAGGGAGGCUCAAGCUCAACUAAAGACACCCUAUCUUGUGCUUAGUGGGAAUGUAAAACCUGGGCAAACUAGUGACCCUAGAAGUGGUUUUGCUACUGUUGAGAAGGACUUUCCUGGGGGAUUGACACCCAUGCUUGGCGAUAAGAAGGUUGAGCAUUUCUUGGGGAUCAAACGAAAGGCUGAACCUGGUGGAGGUGCAUCAAAGAAGCCAAAGAACUAAAGGUUCUAUCUGUCCCGGAAAGUGUGAAGGCAUUUAUGCCUGCAGUUUUGAAGAUUUGAGCUCACCAGAAAACUUUGGAAUUUGAUUUUGAAAGUAUGAUAUCGUUCAGUGUGCACAAAGAACUAAAGGUUCUACCUUCAAGGUAAGAAGCAAAUAACAGUAUGAUAUCAUCUAAUCCCCAGAGCCUUCGCUAUGAAUUGAGAGCUGAAAUGGCGAUCUUGUCUAAGCUUCCUGAGUAUCAUCAUUCUUUUUUAUUUACUUUGUACAGAUCCUUAAACUGUAGAAUACAGUUAUUAAGAAAUUGUAUGAUGGAGCAGCUUCCUGUUUUUGGAGCAAAAAGAUAAAAGGAAUCCGAACCAACAGUCCAAAUUUGAUCCACUGCUGGAAAAUUGUAAUCAUCUAGUCAUUAUGUGCUUCAUGAGAUCGGAGUUCAAAAUUUUAACCCCAUUUCCUUGUAUGGAUGUUAAAAGUUGUUGGAUUUGGACUGGGGGGGAAUGGAGGAUUCUCCUCUUAUUUGAAGCACUGGCCUUUUCUACAUUAUUAAUGUAAUAUCUAGCAAAUCAGCUGAUCA